AUGUCUCAUAGAGAAGGUGUUACUACCAGCAUAAAAGACUGGACAAUGAUGCCAGUAUCCAGUCUUAUCAAGAACCAGAAAGUUAUUCAAAUUGAUGGCAAUAUGUCUGUUGAAGAAGCAUGCCAAAUACUUGUUGAAAGCAACAUAUCUUCUGCUCCUGUCUAUGCUAAUGGGGAGAAAGGACACUACAUUGGCAUGUUUGAUUAUGGUGAUGUGAUUGCAUAUAUUUUAUUAGUACUACAUCUCAAGCCCGGACAAAAAGACAGCAAUGAUGAGAUUGAUCCCGAAUCAUUUGAAAUUAAAGAUAUAGUUCAAAGAGCACUGAAAGGUCAAAAAGUACCCGUGGGCAUGGCAAGUGAUUUAUCUCGAAAAAAUCCCUUUUACUCUAUUUUAAAAGAAGCCACUCUUUUAUCUGCUGUAGAAGUAUUUGCUCACGGCACUCACAGAGUUAGCAUUCUUAAACCCGACGGCGAAAUUGAUGGUAUUCUUUCGCAAUCUACUGUAGUAAAAUAUCUGUUUGAGAACAGAAAGCAGUUUCCUCAGAUAGAUCACGUUAUGAACAAAACAAUUCGAGAACUGAAGCUUGGAGACAACUCUGUCAUUGGAGUUGACGCUGAUUCAAAUGUACUCGAUGCUCUUUCUGUGAUGAGUUCAAAUGGUAUAUCUUCAGUUGCUGUACUUCGAAACGGAAAAGAAGUACUUGGCAACAUUAGCAUGACAGAUGUCAAGCAUGUAAUGAAAGGGUAUACCCAUCGCUUGUUGUGGAAAACAUGUCUACAAUUCGUAAGCCAUAUUCGAACUCAACAAGGAAUAAUUGAUGGACAAGAUCGACUUCCAGUAUUUGAUGUCAAGAAGGAUACUUCAUUAGGCUUUACUAUUGCUAAACUUCUUGCAACAAAAGCACAUCGUGUCUGGGUAGUGGAUGAACAUCAAAAUGCAAUCGGAGUUGUAUCAUUAACAGAUGUUAUUCGAGUAUUUGCUUCAAUGUAUGGCCAUGUUCAAGCACUAAUCAUGUGA